GCAUCCGCGCCGGUGGUGUCUUAAACCUGGGCCCAAUGAACGAGAAAAAGAAAGUUCCAGAUGGGAGUCAAAUUAUUUGAGGACAGCCUAAUGGUGAUUCAUAUGGCCUUAAGAAAAUCUCAACGGUCAGAAGGUUAAAUCGGCAUAAAUCGGUGGGGAUCCUCGCUUCCAGGUAAAUUACGUCCAUUGUAAAGUGUUUUGGAAGUCCUAAGCACAAACGUAGUGCCUUUCAUUCUAAUACAACUAGUGUCCGAAGCUUCUAUGGGGCACACCUGAGAAUAAAACACUCCUAAAUUCUAAUAUUUGGACGAACGUACAUUUUUAUACCACCGAAAGUUAUCCUCGCACACCUAAUCUUCCACUGCUCAACUUGCGCGAAAUGUCCAUUGCACGAACUCUUUUGUCGCAAUAUAUUGAGUAUCCGACCACUAGUUAAGAGAUCCGUUAUAAAUAACUUCAAAAUACUUGAGUGACUCUUCGUGCGGGACAUCUUCUUGAUCAUAGUUUAACGAUAUGUGUAUUGGGUCUUUGAUGGAAAAAAAGAAUAGCACACUUAUUAGCAUUCAGGAUAGCAUUUGCAUUCAGGUGGAAGCUAUCCAGCCAGCCUACCAGUUUCCUUAAAUAUGACAGCAAAAUUUGGUAAAGGGAGCAAAUGUCACUAGCCAUAGCAAAAAAAAAAAGGAAUGUCAUCAGCAAGAACAUAUGUACUUCCCUGAAUGAACGGGUAUGGUGCUCAGUAAAAAAUUAAACAAAAUCGGUCCAAGUACCAAUCCCAGAUGCACACCUCUUGUUUGCUGGUGUUUACGAGCAGAAAAGCCACUUGGAAAACAAUCGAAUCUCCUCUCUCUCCAAAAUUUAUUCACCGAUUCUACAAUAUAACCUGGAAAGCCGUGGCCCUGUAACCGAGUUAUUAAAAUUGUCGGUUCAGUACAGUCUUACGCUUUAGAUAUGUCUAAGGUAACUAAAGCCGCGUUCUGGUAUUUGUGCCAGGCGACGUUAAUGCGAAUUUCAAGGUCUACGUGCACGUGUCAUACUGAAAAACCGCAUCUAAAUACAAUUUGAAAGCGACUCAACAACUCAUUUUCAUUAAUAAACUCUAUUAUAUGCCCAUGAAGCACCCUUUCAGUAACUAUCACUAUAUUUGACCUUAACGCAAUUUCUCUUAUGUUGUACGAGAUAUCGCAUACCCUGCCACUUGCUUUCUAAGUAACGAAAUAUAUCUGGCGAUCUUCUAUUCAUGUGGUAACCAUGCGUUGUUCUCUCUUGCGAUUUUCUUUUUCUUUAUCUCAAUUGAAUGCCCUGAUUACCUUUCCACGUUAGUGAUAUUCAUGUGCUUUCGCAAUAAAUUAGCGUUCCAGCAUGUGUACAGCCUAUCACAGAUAAUGUGCUGAGCAUACGUUGCAUAUGAUACGCGUAAACAUCCAACUUCAUGCGACUCCCUCGGUAUGUACCAAGCUUGUGUAUGUUCAUAGAAAUGUUCAAUGCUUCAUUAUAUAUAUCGUACUCUUGUUCACUGUGUUUGUUAUCUUUUCUUCUAAGCUACGAUUAGGAGGUAGACGUCAGUUAAGGCGAACCUCAAGAGAAAAAAGAUAUCAUAGCUGGAUUAAUAAAUUACCCUUCUACAAGACCGCGAAGAACUGCUCUUAACCCCCACAGGAUGCUCGAGGCACCUGGUGAUGAUGAAACGGCGAAGGCCAGCCCACCAAAUAAUCGACGGAGUUCCAAGAUGCAUUUGCAUCAAUCCAGACAGGCUAAGAGAAAAUCUCAAGUUCAGAGCGCAGAACGGAGACGUCGUGCAAACAACGUUCCCGAAGAGUGGAACGCAUUGGUUGAUGUACAUCACACACCUCAUACUCAGAGCGGGACAACCCAUCACCUCGUACGCGGAGUUCGCCAAAGAAUGGCGCUUCCUGGAGUACAUGGACAUCAAGGACUGGACCUCGUCUCUACCGCUGAGAACCUUCGCUACACACCUGCCGUUGGACAAGCGUGUAAUGAGCGGAGAAGGAAAGUACGUCUACCUCGCCCGCAAUCCAUGGGAUGUCUGCGUCUCCUUCUACAACAUGGCGAUCAACCUUAGCUUCUUCGAAUUCCAAGACGGAACUUUUGCAGAUCUAGUCCAAACUUUCGUGAGUGGCAACUUCGGCUACGGCGACUAUUUCGAACACGUAGCCGCGGGAUACGCUCUUAGGGAACAGCCGAACGUGUUCUUCACUACUUACGAGGAACUCAAGAAGAACACGCGCGAGGUCGUGCUCAGGCUUGCGUAUUUUCUGGGAGAGCAGUAUGGCCUGGCUCUGGAAGAGGACGAAGUGUCGCUCCAAAAGUUUCUGGAAAGAUCGCAGCCCGAUUACAUGCGAGGCGUAGUGGUGAUUGACUUUAGCGGUAAGGCUAACCCCCAGUGGGAAGAGAUGCUCUCGCAGAAGAAAGUCACCUGCAAAGAAGGCUAUGAAGGAGACGAGAACAAGUACUCGUACGUGAGGAGCGGCAAAGUAGGAAGCUGGAAGGAUUGCUUCACACCCGAUCUGCUCCGGUUGAUGGAGAAUCGGAUUCUGGAGGUUGAGAAGGAGUCCUCCUUCAUGAACCUAUGGAAGGAGAUCGAGCUGAAGCGAUUAGAACCAUGCAGAAUUCCGAAUAACUGGUUGUACUCACAUUUUGCCCCUCUUAGCAUGGUUUUGUAUUUCAGUACCCUCGCAUGGCAGAAUUCUUUCGCUGAAAGGUGCGACCAGCUCUUCAAAUUUAUGAAUGGAAUAAACUUUAUAGUGCACGGUUGCCUUUCGUGAGUGGCCUCCUUAUUCCAGG